GCCGAAGAACACACUUACUUCUGAUCAACAGUACAUAAGGGAUUCUAAAGAGGGAGAAACUUUAUCUGAUUUCGAUAAUAAACCAACUUGUAGCCUCUGAAAACGAAACCGAAACUAUAAUGGAGAAUGCAACUGUAUUCCCAGAUUUCAACAGCUCCGUCAUGUUUGAGGGCUUUUUAACGGACAACUCAUCGGUCAACUCCACGGUUUGUCCAGAGAACGUAUGGGACCCAACCCACGCAACGACCGUCUUUUGGACCAACUCCGUAAUCGGUUUCGGUUUUAUCAUCUUCGGUAUUUGUGGGAAUGCGCUCUCUAUCAUCGUUCUCUCCCGCGAGCGACCUCUGACGACCACGUCUAUCCUGCUCCAAGGGGUGGCGGUUUCCGACUCGCUCUAUCUUCUCUCCAAUCUCUUUUACGUCGUCUUCAUCGGGAUCAACAAGUAUACGGGUCAGAUACGAUGGUAUCUGAGGGCGCUUCAUCCUCUGCUCAUGCCGUACGUGAAACCCCUGAUGUAUAUCUCCCAGCAGGCGAGCGUUUGGUUAAUAGUACUAGUCACCUUGGACAGACAUUACGUGAUCACCAACCCCAUCCAAGCCGCCACUAAUCCACGAACAAAAAGAACACAGUUAAAAGUGGUCGCCGUAUUCUUUUUGACCAUUGCUUACAAUAUUCCUCAUUUCUUUGAGCUUGAUUUGGUACCUUGCAAGUACCCGGAUGGUGAGAAUGGACACAUAAUGAUGAUCAGCGAGCUGGGGAAUUCUAUGGUGUAUUUUCUCGUAUAUGGCAUUGGUUUUUAUUUCAUUACAAUGUAUAUCGUCCCAAUGUUGAUACUGGCAAUCGUCAACAUGAAGCUGAUCUGGACUCUCCGCCGAGCCGCCAAGCAGAGAGUGAAUCUCGCAGAGGUAAAAGGGAAAUCUGGCCGCGACGAUGUUACAUUUGUACUGGUUGUUGUGGUCUUCGUGUUUGUGGCUUGCCAGACACCCGAUUUUCUGCUUCAAAUUUAUUAUUUUGAAUUAGUCAUC